ACACAAAAAAGCAGUGCAAUGUUUGGGCACUUCAAGAAAAGUAAACCCGUAAAAAUAAGGAGUUGUAAUGAAAACAGAAAGUACGGAGUUGCAGCAAAAGAUGUGAAGGAGUUGCUCAAAAAAGGUUGCAAAUUAUUACAGUUGCCAUUGUCUGGUGCACAUGUUUGUUUGUAUGCGGAUGGGACAAAAGUGACGGAGGAAUUCUUCCCAACUCUGGCAGACAACACUGAGCUUGUUCUUCUCUCCAGAGGUCAGACGUGGAGUGGAGUUGUUUGCGACAUCAGUCAGUUACUGAACACAGACCGGCAUGCGGAUGACCUUAUUGAAGCGGCGAAAGGGCUCCUGUCUGAUGAACAGUCUCAUAAAAGGCGUAAAAUCCUGACUGACCUGCUGCGCAACCUGGAGGACAGAUCUGAGCUGGAGAGCAGAGAGGAGGAUGAAGGCUGGUUCAAAGGUGUUGAUGCUCGAUUCAAGACAAAGUCAGCAUACAUGAAGUUCAGCUGUGAAAGCAGGAUAAGAAGCUACAUGAAGGAGGUAAAUGGUGCUACCAAAACCAUACAGAAAGCCAAAGUCAAGGCAGAGUUUCUGACAGCAACCAAAUGCCUGGCAGAAAUGCUGAAGGCGGCGAAGUACAACGGCUGCUACUUUGACAGGACUGAGAAGGAGCCAGAUCGCCUCUGUACUCAGGAAGGAUGGUUCACCUGCCAGGGAUCAUUUGAGCAGGAAGUGUGCUCAUCUCGCCACUCCAUCAACCCCUACGGCAGCAGAGAGAGCAGGAUCGUCUUCAGCACGUGGAAUCUGGACCACAGGAUUGAAAAGAAGAGGACGAUCAUUCCCGCUCUGCUGGAAGCUCUGCAGAAUCACAAGAGCACCGACGUCAACUUGAACUACUUCUACUGCCUGCUGUUCACCAGGGAAAACCUGAAACUGGUUCACAUCGUGUGCCACAACAAAGGAGCUCACAACCUGCUGUGUGACACCGAGAAGAUUUUAAGACAAGCGAGUAACACAGACGGCACAAAACAGAAGCUCAAAGGGAAGAAAAGGCGCUUGGUGUGAAUAUUUUUACUUAACUUUUAUGCAAAAUGACUGCAUUGAUUUGAAAUGUGAUGACAUAAUGAAUUACACUGAUGAGAUUUGUCUCAGGUCCACUGUAGCGAGAUCAGAUGGACAACAACAUGACCUCCCCUCUAUACCUCACUUCAUUUUUUUAAAAAAACAUAUUCUGCUUUCUGAA